AUGUCACCUGCGACGCCGUCAUCCAGAUUGCGCGACCCAGCUGCGGUGGGCACUAUCACCACAACAUGCUUUAUUUCUAAUCUGCACUGCCCGUCAUGUGUCGACGGCAUCCAAACCUCUCUCAGUGCGCUCGAUCCCCCGCCACAGGACGUGUUUGUUUCUAUCAUUUCGCAUUCAGUGGUUGUGCGUCACGCCACAAGCCUUGACGUCGACGAUAUUACAAUCUCACUGGAGGCUGCUGGGUUCGAGAUACAUAGUGUCUUCCAAGAUAACAAGGUGGUUACGAGUCCAGCUGAGAUUAGGAACCCCGAGGAAACGAGCAGGGAGUGGCAUACGAGUUUUGAACGUGCUGUGAACAAUUGGCUACGUCCUGUUCCAGAUCUCGACGGUUCGUACGACGAUAUGAAGAAGAAAGAAACACACCUCGCUCAAUGCGAGCAGUGCAAGAGAGAAGGUGGUGGGGUUAGCUUGCAUAGCGAGGAGGUGCUACCAUUCAAGCCUGCGCCUAUCGUUACGUCUUCGCCUAGGGGUAGCUUCGAUGGCUCUGCAUCGCUCGAACCAAAAUCGCCCAUAUCGGAGAAUUUCGUUACUGUCGACCCACCUGUGACCCCACAAGUCUACAGAGUCACGCUGGCUCUUACCGGAAUGACGUGCAGCUCGUGCGUCUCUGCCAUUACCCACGCGGUCCAACAACAUCCAUGGGUCCAAUCGGUCAACGUCAAUCUAUUGACAAACAGUGGAGUGGUUAUAUUCAGUGGCAAGGAGAGGUGCGCAGAGAUUGUCGAAACAAUCGAGGAUUGCGGGUUCGAUGUUGCAGUGGAGAAGCUUGAGGAGGUCCAAACCAUAUCAUCGGGAGCUGUAGCGGCACCAAAACAGCAGACGGAGAGAUGGCGCGCAACAUAUUCCCUUGGAGGCCUCACAUGCUCGGCUUGUGUUGGAAAUGUCAGUCAGGCGCUACAGCCUCUGACGUGGAUUGAAAAGGUUGAUAUCAACCUUAUCUCGAAUAGUGCGACGAUCAUAUUCAGAGGCAAAGAACAUCUGCCUGACAUCAAAGAAAGCAUCGAGGACGUUGGAUAUACCGCGACUCUUGAUCAGGUAAUCCAGGAAGGGAUCACAGUGACUGAGACUAUUGAACGCGCUGUCGCGAUCCGCAUAGACGGUAUGUUCUGCCACCACUGCCCAGACACCAUCACGCGAGGAUUGCAAGGAGCAUUCGCAGAAGAGGGUACUUUCGUAAUCGAAGAUCCGUCAAUAUCGCUUCAGCAACCCAUCCUACAUAUCAAAUACGUACCGGAUCCUCCUCGCUUCACGAUCCGAAAGAUCUUCGCAACGAUUGAGAGCCUCAACCCGGCUUUCCAAGCUUCGGUCUUCCAUCCUCCAACGCUUGAGGAGCGUGCGCAUCAGAUGCAUGCGCAAGAGCGGACACGUAUCUUGCUCCGCCUUAUACUGUGCAUCAUCGUCGCUAUCCCCACGUUCAUCCUCGGCAUUGUCUUUAUGAGCUUGAUCAGCUCCAACAACCCUAUCCGCAAGUACCUCAUGGGCAACAUGUGGGCAGGUCAUGUCACUCGGUUAAGCUGGGCGCUGUUCAUCCUCUCUACACCUGUUUACUUCUUCGCAGCUGAUACGUUCCACCGCCGCGCACUGAAAGAGCUGAGAUCGAUGUGGCGACCAGGAAGCCGGACCCCGUAUCUGCAUCGCUUCAUACGUUUCGGCAGCAUGAACAUGCUCAUCUCCCUCGGCACGACAAUCGCAUACCUGGCAUCGAUUGUUGAACUCAUCUUGGCCGCCACAAAGAAAUCUUCCGGCUCGAUGAACGACUCUUACUUCGAUGCAGUAGUCUUCCUGACCAUGUUCUUACUUAUUGGCCGGUUCUUGGAAGCUUACAGUAAAGCGAAGACUGGCGAUGCUGUCACCUCGCUUGGAAAACUCCGACCAAAUGAAGCUGUUCUCGUUGAUGCGGAGAUAGGCGACACUAAGAUCGCUACUGAUCUCUUAGAGAUUGGUGAUAUCGUCCGAGUCCAUAAUGGCACUUCGCCGCCGUUCGAUGGAGAUAUAAUUGAAGGCACGUCUAACUUUGAUGAAUCAAGCUUGACUGGCGAGUCGCGUCCGGUGAAGAAGGCAGAAGGCGACACUGUGUUUUCCGGUACCGUCAACAAAGGCGCGCCCGUCAAGAUUAGGGUUACGACGGUAUCCGGUACUUCGAUGCUAGAUCAGAUUAUCAAUGCCGUACGAGAAGGUCAGUCGCGUCGCGCGCCAGUCGAACGUGUCGCUGAUGCAAUCACCGCGCAUUUCGUACCUUUCGUCAUUGCCGCCGCCAUCACCACCUGGCUUGUUUGGCUCAUUCUCGGCACUACUGGUGCCAUACCGAGUGACUGGAAGAACGAGAGUGCUGGUGGCUGGGAGCUCUGGUCCCUUCGCUUUGCGAUAGCAGUCUUCGUCAUCGCUUGUCCCUGUGGCAUUGGCCUCGCUGCACCAACUGCACUCUUCGUGGGAGGUGGACUGGCUGCCAAACACGGUAUUCUUGUCCGCGGUGGCGGUGAAGCUUUCCAAGAAGCUAGCUCAUUGGACUGUAUUGUUUUCGACAAGACCGGUACCCUGACACAAGGUGGUGAUCCAGCAGUGACGAAUCACAAGUUCUCUGACGACCAGAAUGCUGAAUUUGUGCUGGGCAUCGUAAAGGCUUUGGAAGAGAACAGCAAUCACCCUAUUGCUCGGGCACUUGUAUCCUUCUGUAACAAGGAGGUUCAUGACACACCUGUAGCUGUCAACGUUGAUGAGGUGCCUGGAAAGGGCCUGAAGGGUACAUUCAGGGUCGAUGGCCAAGACAUUACCGCGAUCAUUGGCAACGAAAGCUUCAUGGCUGACCAUCAUGUUCCUUUCCUCGCCGAAGAUACCUCGUCGUUGCAAAAGUGGAAGUCUCAGGGAGACUCAGUUGCUUUGGUCGCCUUGUUUCUACCGCACAAUGGCGAUCGAGGUGCGACUCAGCCCUCCGAGCUAUGCAAUGGAUCUGAGUCCCUCUCCAUAGCCGUCACCGAGACCCAAGCUUCAUCAGCAUGGCGGCUCGCGUGUAUCUUCUCCAUCGCUGACCCGCUCCGUCCCGAAGCGCCAAGCGUCAUCUCAGCCCUGCAAGCACGUGGUAUAGACGUCUGGAUGUUAUCCGGCGAUAACCAAACCACAGCCAACGCCGUAGGCGCACAAGUUGGGAUCCCAACCUCCAAUAUCAUCGCAGGCGUGCUCCCAGACCAAAAAGCGGAGAAGAUUAAAUAUCUCCAGCAGACACUCACCAAGCCGCACAAGUCCCUUUUCCACAUCCCCUUCCUAUCCCGAAACAAGAAUGAAGGAAAAACUAAGAGGCAAAAACGUGCAACAGUCGCCAUGGUAGGUGACGGCAUAAACGACGCCCCUGCCCUCUCUAUUGCCGAUCUCAGCAUAGCAAUCGGCUCCGGCUCCGACAUCGCCCUCUCCUCGUCCUCCUUCAUUCUCAUCAACUCGCGCCUCACUACCAUUCUUACCCUUCUCGAUCUCUCCCGUGUAGUCUUCCGCCGUGUAUACUUCAAUUUCGGGUGGGCGCUCAUCUACAACCUGGUCGCCAUGCCAAUUGCUGCGGGCGUCUUGUUUCCUAUUACCACUGGCGGAAAUAAGAAGAUGGACAUGCAUCAUAACGGGAUUGGAAUGGAAGGGGGAAUGGCGAUGGAGGAGUCAGGCAGGAAACAUGUUAGACUUGAUCCUGUUUGGGCUAGUUUAGCCAUGGCAUUGAGUAGUGAUGCCUGGGGUGGGAUUUAG